AUUUUUCGCCCGGUGCAAAUCGGCCGAGGAAUAUAUACGACAGUCUUUAACCGACAGACACUCGAGCCUGGUCGUUGUCCGGCUGCAAAGAUAAUUGCGUCCAGAGGAUUUGUGAUCUGUUUUUGUUAGCUCUCAGCAUCUGCAAGUGAAGAAAAGCUCUAGAAAAUUUUCGUGAAAACAGCUCUGAGGAAAUCCGCUUAGUCUGCAAGGAUGGGCAAGGAGAAGAUCCAUAUUAACAUCGUGGUCAUCGGGCACGUGGACUCGGGCAAGUCGACGACCACCGGGCACCUGAUCUACAAAUGCGGCGGCAUCGACAAGCGGACGAUCGAGAAGUUCGAGAAGGAGGCCCAGGAGAUGGGCAAGGGCUCCUUCAAGUACGCCUGGGUGCUGGACAAGCUGAAGGCGGAGCGUGAGCGCGGCAUCACCAUCGACAUCGCGCUCUGGAAGUUCGAGACGGCCAAGUACUACGUGACCAUCAUCGACGCCCCGGGGCACAGGGACUUCAUCAAGAACAUGAUCACCGGCACCUCGCAGGCCGACUGCGCGGUGCUGAUCGUGGCCGCCGGAACGGGCGAGUUCGAGGCGGGGAUCUCCAAGAACGGGCAGACCCGCGAGCACGCCCUCCUGGCCUUCACGCUGGGCGUGAAGCAGCUCAUCGUGGGCGUCAACAAGAUGGACUCCACGGAGCCGCCGUACAGCGAGGCCCGCUACGAGGAGAUCAAGAAGGAGGUCUCCUCGUACAUCAAGAAGAUCGGCUACAACCCGGCCUCGGUGGCCUUCGUGCCCAUCUCGGGAUGGCACGGCGACAACAUGCUGGAGCCCUCCGAGAAGAUGCCCUGGUUCAAGGGCUGGUCCGUGGAGCGCAAGGAGGGCAAGGCGGAGGGCAAGUGCCUGAUCGAUGCGCUGGACGCGAUCCUGCCGCCCCAGCGGCCCACCGACAAGCCGCUGCGCCUGCCGCUCCAGGACGUCUACAAGAUCGGAGGCAUCGGCACGGUACCGGUGGGUCGCGUGGAGACUGGUCUCCUCAAGCCAGGCAUGGUGGUCAACUUCGCCCCGGUCAACCUGGUCACCGAGGUGAAGUCGGUGGAGAUGCACCACGAGGCUCUCACCGAGGCGAUGCCCGGCGACAACGUGGGCUUCAACGUGAAGAACGUGUCCGUGAAGGAGCUGCGUCGCGGCUAUGUGGCCGGCGACUCCAAGAACAAUCCUCCCCGAGGAGCAGCCGAUUUCACCGCUCAGGUCAUUGUGCUGAACCAUCCGGGCCAGAUAGCCAACGGCUAUACUCCCGUCCUGGAUUGCCACACGGCCCACAUCGCCUGCAAGUUCGCUGAGAUCAAGGAGAAGUGCGACCGUCGUACCGGCAAGACCACCGAAACGGAGCCGAAGGCCAUCAAGUCGGGGGAUGCGGCCAUCAUCGUGCUGGUGCCCAGCAAGCCGCUGUGCGUCGAGAGCUUCCAGGAGUUCCCUCCGCUGGGACGCUUCGCGGUGCGCGACAUGCGGCAGACGGUGGCCGUCGGGGUCAUCAAGUCGGUCAACUUUAAAGAGACGACCUCGGGCAAGGUGACAAAAGCCGCUGAGAAGGCACAGAAGAAGAAAUAACUAGGGUGCCAGCAGAACUACGACAUCACUCAAAGAACCCAACAACAAGAACAACAGCAGACGGCUAGAGCAACAGCAACAAGAACUAAAACAACAUCACCACACAAUACACAUGUCAAAAUUAUAAUAUCCACUCGACGAUCUAAAGCAAACCCUAGCUCCGUGGCAAAUAAGACACCAAUUACUACUAUUACGAGGCAGAUAUUAUAUGAGAUCGAUCAGAUAAUACCCUAUAUGAUAACCACACGUACGAUUAGCGAGGAGGAAGCCAAGCAGCGGGAGGAGGAGGAGUUCCAGCUCGCCGGAUCGGUUCUAGUCGCCUUCGCCCUGCUGGUCUACUGCAGCUAUCUGAACUUGUAUCGCCACCGCAAGUCCUUCCGCAGGAAACCAAGCACUAACCGAUCCCCAGCAGUGCUGUAGUGCUGCAGGGCCCCUCGAUAUAUACUCAUCUACAACUAAACCUUACAUUUGAUUAGCAGCCACAUCAUCCACCUGUUUCGAAUGGAUUUUAAACACUUUUUAUACUUUUGAUAAGUCAAGUCGGAGGCAUUCGAUUUAAAAUCUAUUAUACAAUGUAAUUUCCGAAUUUAGUUUUAAACCACGCCUACGCUCCCCUAAAAACCCCCAAAAGCCCCAAGAACGAAGAAGACUACAUUCGCAAUGAAUUCAAAAUUUCUCUUAAAACCAAAAGACAAAUGCUUAAGAAGUAUUAAAAAAAAAACAUAAGAAAUCAACAUAAACACACAUAAUCAUGCGGUUUUUGAAAACAUUCUAAAUGUUUAAUCGAGCCUCAUUUGCAUUUGCAUAUACUACAAUUAUAUACGUUAACCACAUGUCAUUGCAUUGCCCAUAACCAGCAUAUUAAAUACACGUUACUCUCUCACUCUGAAUUUAUACAAAAUCGACAGACAAUUGUAACCGACACCAGAACAAUUCUUGGAUACAGAACAUGUUGCUUGAUACAAGAUCUUUUAAAUGAUGAGAAAAAUAAAGGAAGCUUAACCGUAAAAUACCACAAAA